GGUAUGGCCGAAAUGGACUUGUCAGUUUGUAUUUUGUUGUUAUUCCUAGUUUCGCUUGCGGAUGUAUGGGACAGGGUUUGCACUGCUAUUAUCACCCUAUCCGUGGUCGGUCCAAGUGGUAUGCAGCUUUGAGUGACGACCAGUACUACAAAUUAGAGCGUUACAUUUGUAGCGUGCGCCGACUGAUUAUUGAACAGAAAAUCCGAAGUUAGGAGAGCUGAGUGACUCCAGUUGUACUACAGAUACACAACGGGAGGUUUUUGAAUUAUUGCCAGUUUGGUAGGUGAAGUGUAGUUUGUACGUAUAGUUGCUAUCGAGAGAACAACUGGAAUUCUACAACGCUAGUAACGUACAUGUAGUUGGGUCAGGCAGGCACAAGUCAGCGAGCGCUGCCUGAUCAGUUCUGCUGCAGAGAGGCAACCUAGCGAGGAAAUUUAGCGAUAUAGUUGUAGUCAUUGAAACGCUCUUCAAGUUCAGAUAGUACUGAUAGCGAGCAUCAGCACCAGCAACAGCAAUAGCAGCUACAGCAUCUGCAGUAACAGUAUUUGCUGUUUGUCUGCACAAUGGAUCACAAUGGUUAUGAUCAGUUCAACAGUCCACUGGAACUGGAGCCAUUACCAGCCAACAUGAGUGCUAGUGAAAGAGCAGCAGUGACAGAACGGCGGAUUCACCAAUACCAUGCGCAUAUGAAGGAGAAGAAGAAGCAGACUUCACGUCAUGCAGGCCGGGCAAUGCCAGGAGGUCUGGUAGCGCACGGUUCAAGAUCACAGCAGCAGCAACAGCAGUUUGUGCUUCUUCCCCCGCCUAGAGCCAACACAGAGGCGCCAAAGUCAACAGCAUCCGCAAGUGGAGGAGGAAGAGGGUCUCGAGAUGUUUCCAGCACAUCGUCAUGGCCAGCUGAUGUGAAUCAGGGCAGCUACGGAGCAAUGCCCACCUCUGAAUCGGUCUCUUCAGCAUCAUCGUUCCAGAAGAAAAUGGAGGCAGGUUCAGUUCGAGGUGAUGUUGAUUUCUCAGUAUCAACUGACGCACCGAGACUUGACAGAUCUGGUCUGGAUCUACAAGUCACUGGCCAAAGUGUUGCUAUGGCUACUGAUGAGUAUGGGGCAGGUAAUCAGCGUCACAUGUACUCCGGCAGACACAGAAGUCCAGCUGACGAUAGCGGUGAUGAAGAGGAUGAUGAUGCUGCAUACCGUGGUGGACAUGCUACUGGCGGUGCUGGCAGAGCUGCUGUUGUCGGGGUGGGUGACCUUGGCUCUCCGCAAUCAGCAGGCGUAGACUCUAUGUCCAGUGCACAGCAUCUUGUCAGUGAUUCUGAUUCCACUGCUGAUGCUGCCGCUGCUGCCGCUGCUGCUUCUACUGGCAGUGGCAGCAAUGGGAACCUCUCACCCAAUGCACCGUCGUACCUGCCUCCCAUAGAGAUUGGUCGUUUGGAGGACUUUGUGCAACGGUCUAUGGCAUCGGACAUAACCGCACGUUGUCGAUUAACUCGCAAAGACGGAACGUAUUUCAUGCACUUGGAGAUGCCCAAUAAUGUCAAGAAGUUCGUCAUGGCUGCCAAGAAAAGAUCUAACGCAGCGUCCAAGGAAUUCGUCAUAACUCUGGACGCGACAAACAUCUCCAAAGAUUCACCGUCGUACGUGGGCAAGUUGAAGUGUAACAUGACUGGAACAGAGUUCACUCUGUAUGACACAGGUGUGAACCCCAACAAGAGUCGUGCGCUACCUGAUCAUUCCAAUGUCCGAGAAGAGUUGGUUGCUGUACAUGCGGGUAAAUCUGUGUUGGGAUUGUCAGGUCCACGUCGUCUCUCUAUCAUACUACCGCACCUUAACCAGGCACAUGAGCGCAUCAAAAUCUUUCCAAAAUCCGAGAGUGAGUCGCUAUUGGAAGCAUUCAAGGCUAAAACUCUACCUGAGUCUACCGUUAUCCUGCAGAAUAAGUUACCUACCUGGAGCAGCGAGAGUGAAUCUUUUGUUCUCAACUUCAAUGGUCGGGUAACCAAAGCUUCGGUGAAGAACUUUCAAAUAGUGCACCCGGAGGACACUGAUUACAUCGUGUUGCAGUUUGGCCGUAUUGCUGAGCACCAGUUUACGUUGGAUUUCUCCUAUCCACUAUGUCCAUUGCAAGCCUUUGCCAUUGCUCUCAGUGGAAGUUUCAAAAACUUCUCACAGUGAGGGGGCAGGGAGGAAGGAAGGCCGGCGUACUGGUCUGCGUCGUAUGUUGCAUGUAUGCCUUUCUUGGUGUGGGAAUGCGUGUGUGUGUGUGCGUGUGUGUGUGCGCAUGUGUGCGUGCAUGCGUGCAUCUAUGUGUGUGUGUGUGUGUGUGUGUGUGUGUGUGUGUGUGUGUGUGUGUGUGUGUGUGUGUGUGUGUGUGUGUAUGCUUGCACUUGUAGUGCUCUGUUCAAUACGUUUGGAUGAACAGAAUGCAGUGCAGAGUAUGGCAUUGAUGAGUGAUGCUAUGACCCACCACUUGCUAACAUUAGUAACAGCCUGUUGGAAAGGCAUACACUCCUCUUCUGGUUUUUGAACAAAGUUGGAUUUCCUUUUCUAGCACGAGAUCAGCUACUGUUUUAAUUCUGAGGGUGUUGAAUCAUAACGUACAGCACUUCUUCGGAUAGCACAGCUGUUGCUUGUGCCGCAGAUUUGGGGUUCAUAUCAUUAUUGGUAGAAGCUAGCUGCAGAGAUGACUGUAAUUCUGCCUUAGAAAUGUGCAGAUGGUUCGAUAUUAUGCACUAUAUCUGGUGCCCCCCCCCCCUCUCUCUCUGUCUCUCUCUCUCUCUUCACUCUUUCUCCCCCCCCCCCCCCCCCCCAGGACUCACUCUUUCUCCCCCCACCCCUGGACUCACUCUUUCUCCCCCCCCCCCGGACUCUUUCUUCCCCCCCCCCCGGACUCUCUAUUUCUCUCCUAUUCCAUUGACUCACCGAAUAAUCCGCUUUUCUACAUUAUUAUCUUUUCUUGUUCUUGAGUUUAGGUGCUACAUUGUAUAUUCUAUCAUGAAUACCACCAGAGUGGCUGCUGGAAAGUCUUUAGGUUCUGUGUGUGUGUGAAUGUUUUCUUAUUGAUUUAUAAUGAUCUUUCUUUUAAUUCUAAAAGCUUGCGUGCUUUCUCCUCGA